CUGAAGUCAUGAUAAUAACUUUUGACACAAUUUUGUAUUUUUCUCAAUUAUAUUAUCAAUACUUUAUCGAUUUUGAUUCUUUAAUUGACGUUUUUAUACGUUAUUCAAAAUAAUGAAGUUUCUAUGAAAUAAAAGCUAUGAUUACUGAAGAGCUUCCGGGAUUAACUACUACUGAAGCUUUACGAACAUUAUAUAAUGAAAUAUUAUCACUCAGAAACCAUAUUAAAGAACAACACGUACAAAAGUAAUUUUAAAUUUGUAUUUUAUGUUCUUGUAUAGUGUAUACUAUGAUUAUAAAUUAAUAAUUAAUAUUUUAUAGUGGCAAAGACAAAUUGUGGAUUCAAGAUACUUUAAAAUAUAGUAGUCAAUUUACUAGUAUCUGUUGGAUUACUGCAUUAGUCAUUUUUACUUGUAGUUUUUUAUUAAUCAUAAUCAGUUUAGUGUAUGAUGAAUUAUUGUAUCUGUUUAAUGAUGGCAUAUUAAUAUUAAUGUUAUUAAUUCUUAACCUCGCCACUGUAUUAUGGGAUAACAAAUUAAGACACGAAGAAAUGUUUACCAAACUUGAUUAUGUAAUGAAAAAACUUAACUGUGAGUGAAUUAAAUACAAAUUAUCAACAUUAUUAUUAUAGUUUACACAUAAAUACUUAAUUUAACUUAUUAUUCCAGGCUAUAAAGAUAAAUGUCAAUGGAAAAAGGAUAAUUAUCCACAUUUAUGUAUGCCAUAUUCUCCAUCAGUUACUUUACAGUGGACUCAGCGUGAUGGUGUAUUAGUAAAUUUACCUUGGGCUUUAUUGGUAAAAGGAGAUAUUGUUUUUUUAAAACCAGGACAAACAUCUCCUUGCCAUGUUUCAAGACUUAGUGUAAGUAUAUUAUUACUCAACUGUGUACUCAGGAAUGUUAGGCGAUAACAUAAUCACUUUGAAAUCUGUAGAAUUUUUUUUAUUUAAACAAUUUAAUGAAUUUAACAUAAUUAUAUGUUGAAUUUGUAUAUAUAUAUAAUGAUGUUUUAUACAAAUUCAUAAAAUACCUAAAUUUCAAUAAAUUUUUAAAACAUGUUAUCUUGUCUGAAUUAUUCUAUUUUCUACUUAAAGAUAUGUUUUGAUGCAGUAAAAACGUUUGUAUAUUGUCAAGAAAGUUUACCUAAUUAGAGCUACGUAGUAUCAGUAAAAUCAUGUCAUUACACACAAAUAUAAUUUUCACUCAUAAAUCAUAAUUAUUAUAAUUACAUUAUAUUAUUUCCUUAAAUUGAAUUGUUUGUUUACAGGAAAAAGAGAAAUGGGCUCCAGCAGAACUAACCAGAUGGGAAAUUUUUAAUCCAGAUAUUUCAUCAUCCAUACCAAACAAAACUACUGUUCCAACUAUGGUAUCUCGUAAACCAUUGAAAAGUGUUGCAUAUAUACUAAAUGAAACUCCAUACUUAAAUAAUUUGAAACUUGCUUUGGAAUUAGCACAAAAACGACCUUGUAGUUUUUAUACAAAAUGUUUAUAUUUAUUGCAAAUAAUAUUUCUGCAAAAGUUUGCUGCAGCUUCAUUUUUGGUAAAUAAUUUAUUUCAUUGCUCAUUUAUUAAAUUCAAAUAUAUUGUAUAUUUUUAAUUUAUAGGGGAGUACCAUUUUAACCAUUUGGUGGCGUUGGUCUUAUAUUACAUUAUGGUUGAAACCUGGUUCUUGGGUUUCAAUGUUUAUUGUAAUUCCAAUAUCUGUACUAAUUCCACUUUUGCCAAUGAUGUUACCAGUUGCAUGGACACUUUUGACAUGUUAUGGAAAUGCAGUACUACAAUCAUCUUUCAUAGUUCAAGUGAUUAAAAUUUAUUUGUUUAUUUUGCAAAUUGUUUAAUUAAAUAUUUUUUUUUUGCAUUUCUAUUAUUUCUAUUUUUUUUUUUUUUUUUUUUUUUUUUUUUUUUUUUUUUUUUUUUUUUUAUCAGAGCUUUUAGUAAAAACUAUUAAGCCCAACAAAUAUGAUAUUAUACAGAGAAAAUGUAUAAUAAUAAUAGUAAAAUUGAAAAUAAUAAUAGAAACAAUAAUGAUAAUAGAAAUAAUGAAUAUAUGACAAAUUAGUUUAAAGUACAAUGUAAUACUCAAAUUAGUAAGCCAGCUUCCAGGACAAAAGAAGUAAUGAUUUUGGCAAUAGAUGGGGAAUUAGAAUUUAGAAUAGCUGUGAGUUUGAAAAUUAGAAAAUUAGCCCAACAGGAAGUAAAGGAGUUGAGUGACAUGGUGUGUGAGAGCCAACGUAAUUUGGAGUCCAGUAUAAUUCCUAGAUAGAUAGUAUUGGAAAUAAAAAGGAUAAUAUUACUAUCAAGAUAAACAUUAGGAGGGUUUGUGAAUCUACGCCUGGUAAAGAUAACAGAUUUUCCUUUAUCAAAAGCAAUUAAAAAAGAUAACUGUUAAUUAUAAGAUUUAAUUCAUUGAGGGCUAAAUUGAGGAACUCAAUGGCACAGUCAAGAAAUUUGUUCAGGGAGAAGAUAACUAUGACAUCUACAUACAUGAAACAUUUAUAACCCAACCCAGAAAUAUGUUUGGCUAUAGUACUCAUAUAGACAUUAAAAUGUAUUGGAUUAAGACAAGUGAUAAAAAGGUUCCUAUGAGAGAAAAGAGAGAGAAUAAUAUUACAAAAAUUGGUCAUAGUUUAUAUAAUUAAAGCUAUAUAUAAUCACAAUGACACAAUUAAAAUGAUUUUCGUUGUUGAAAUUACUAAUUAUACAAAUCUUCUAUUAAUUAAUGUUAGUGCAAACUAAAUUUGUGAAUGGUAAUAAAACUCAUUAUUUGUAUCCUUGUUUGUUUUAGAAAAAUAAAGAUAUCUUUGAAGAAACCGAAACUGAAGUGAAAAACAAUUCUUUAGAAUUUUCUUUUAAGUAUUUAUGGAAAAAUUUUUACUCUUGUAUGCGGGGAAAUGCUAAUUUCUUACAUAGAUCUACUAAUCUAUUGCAUGUUAUGGGGUCUGUUACGGUAAUUUAAAUAAAUGAUUAUUUAUAAUAUAAUACAUUCUUAUAUUUUAAUUAUUGGUUAAAGGCAUUAUGUUGUGUUGAUAAGAAGGGUAUACUAUCCUGGCCUAACCCUACUGCUGAAAAAGUUUUUUUUUUGCAAAAUUCUUCCAAAUCUUCAUCAAAGUCUAGUUAUGAAGAUCCAAGUAACUGUAAAGAGACCCCAAAAAAAAAUGAUGACAAUACUAUGCACCACCAAGGUAUGUAAUAUAAAUUAAAUGUGAAUUUGAACUAUAACUAAAAAAUUUUAUUAUAUAACAGAUAAUUAUACAGUAGAAGUACUUGACCUAACACAUGAUCGAGGUUCAGCGUGGAGAUUACAAUUUGACGAUGCAAGUUGGCCAAAUCAUAUAUCUUCUUUAAAGCCUCUAGGCUUAGCUGUGCUGCUAAAUACUUGUAAUCCAUCAACUCAUGCUCAUUAUGCCCAAUUUUGUGCUCAUGUGUCUUGCCAAGCUUUAUAUAGUGAAGUACUUGUUCCUGUUACCAACCGAAGGUAAACAAUAAUUAAAAGUGUUAUUCAAUUUUUAAGUUUUUUCUAAAAAUAUAGGGUUUUAAACAAAUAAUAAUUUAUCUUGUCUUGUGAAUUAGAUGUUUAUGUGAAUUAGCUCGACAAAUAGGAUUUUCAGAAUCUGCUGAUGAUAUAUUUGAACUUCAGUUGCAGCUAUCCACAUAUAGGCAUGUAGUAAGUGUUGGUUAUAAUUUUAAAUAUUAAGUAGGUGAAAUAUUAAUAUAAUAUUGUCACUAAAAUGUAUUUUUAAACUUCCAGUAGUAGUGUACUUAUAAUCCACCUAGCAUAAAUAUACUUAAUUUAUUAAAUUAUAGAACAAUAUUUUUUAGUAUCAGGAAAUAUCUGAUAUAUAUAUAUAUAUAUAUUUUUUUUUUCUUAUUUAAUAUCUUUAUUUACAAAUUACUACAAUUACAUAUAACAAUAAAUACAGUAAGGAGAAUAAAGAUUAUAUCUACUCCUUUAAGCCUAGGCUUAUGACGGAUUAGAGAGUUAAUCAAUCAAAAUUAAUUAAAAUAAAGUAAAAAAGAUAUAAAAUAAUAAAAUAUGUAUAUAUAUUAAAUAUAAAGGAAUAAACCUAUACAAACCAGUAUGUAAUAAAGUUUCAUCCUGGUACAAGUAGAUAGGUAUCACUUUACAUAGAUUAAUACAACUUUUGAUAGUACAAAAACUUUUUAAGCACUAUAAUUGGUUACAUAAAAUGACUGAAUAAUUUUUAAUUUUCUUUUUGUGCUUUUGUGUUUUUUUUAGAAAGCAGAUGCUGUCCGAAGAGAGAUUAAGUUUGCCAGAUCAUUACCAGUUACUACUAAAUUGAAAUUUCCAUUUCCUCACAUGGUGAGUGUAGGAUUAAGAGAGCGAAGUAUUGGUAAAGCUGCUACAAGUUUACAGUUAUUUAGCCAAGGUACAGCAGAUAUAAUAUUGGAUGCUUGUAUAGAUUUCUGGGAUGGUCAUGAUCUUAGUCCUGUUUCUCCUUCUGUUAGGUAAUUGAUAAUUGUAUUAUAAAUUAUAAUUGUUUAUUAUGAUCAAUAAUAUAAAAAUAAACUAUAAUAUUUGUAGGAAAAAAGUACUAGAUUUUUAUCAAAGAACUAGUUUAACUGCGUAUUGUACUGCAUUUUCAUAUCGACCACUACCAUUACCUCCAGAUAAAAGUUUCUCAGAAAUCUAUUUAGAGUUACCAGCUGAUUGUCAUCAAUUGUAUUCAAAAUUAUGUCAUAGUCCUAUACCACAUCCAUGGAAAUCAACAACACGUCCAAUAAGGCUACCACAAUACCAUUCCUCUGGUAAAUAAUUAAAUGUUGAAGUUCUGAAAUGUUUUGAUUAUUAUUAACAAAUUAUUUAUUUUGAUGUGUUUCAUAACAUUCAACAUUUAAUUUAAAACAAUUUUUAUCAAAAUUUUACUUUAAAUAUAAUGCUAUGUAACAGUUAAUCAAAAAUACUUUAUAAAUAUAAUUUUUUUCAACUUAAAGUAUUUAUUUCAAAUAUCUAAUAAAUAUUUAAUAUUUGCAAAUUAUUUUAAUAAUAAUUACUCACUUAGUAUUUUACUAGAAAAUUUGUAUUUUAGAUUCAUUGAUAUUUGGUGAUUGCAAUGAAUAUAACUCCAAAGAUGUAAAUUGUUGUUUUGAAACACAAUGUAAUCAGAUAUUUUUAGGAAUGGUUACCAUGCAAUAUCAACCACAGUAUGAUAUGGUACAUCUUAAAACUUGAUAAUUAUAUUAUUUAAAUUACUACCAAAUGUAAAUAAAUAUUUUGUAUUAAUCUAAAUUUAUAGGUUCAAUUGAUUGAGCUUUUAGAAAGAGCAUGUAUACGGUUUGUGCAUUUUAGUAAAGAAAAUGAACUUCGAUCAAGGGUGUUUUCUGAAAAAAUGGGUCUGGAAAGUGGAUGGAACUGUCAUAUUUCUUUAUUAGGUGAUACUCAAACAAGAACUCGUCUUGACCCUAGGUAUUAAUAUUUUUAAAAAAUAAUAUUAGUUAAGACAUUUUUUUUUUUAAUUUUAUUAGACACUAAUCCAUCUAAUUGUUGUUUAAAUGCACCAUUUGAUUUUUAAAAUUAUUAGCACGUAAAUUUGAGUGUUUGUAUUUUGUAUUUGAAUCGAGUGAGGGUGCAGCAACUUGUGAUGAUGAAACUAGCUUUUUGAUACCACUAACAUCAACCAGUCAGUCGAAGAAAAAACUAGUUGACCAUGAACAUAAUUUAUCGGCUGAUUUUUUUUCUCCCCUAAAUAUAAAUUGGUAAUUCUUUUCAAAUUUUAGUAUAUGUAAAAUAUUAAUUUUAUAAUAAUAUAUUUUAUUAGUACUACUCUCAAUAUGUCGCGAACAAUUAGUAUGUCAGCACCAACUGCUUUAAAUAUGGAUUAUGCUCAAGUUACAAUAGAACAUGAUGGAGAAAAAAUUAUAAAGCCAAUGCUCGUUCAAAAGUAAUAAUAUAGUUUUGGUUUUUUUUAUUAUUUUUAGUUUUUGUAUAAUUUAUAAUUUAUAUUGAAAAUGUUUUAAGAGACAUUUUAGUAACUGACAACUGUAAUGAAGUCGAGAUUGAAAAAAAUGGAGAAGAAUGGCAUUCAUUAAGUUGUAUGUCUGAUAGUACUGAUCAAAGUGUUCCUGUUAAUUUUGAUAUGUACAAUCGAGUAAAUAUUAUAAAUAAUUAACUAUGUGAUUACUUAAAAUAAUAAUAAUAUCUCUUAGGCGAAACUACCUCGCGGUAUUGAAAAUAUACGACCUCAUUUAGAAUGUAUAGACAAUGUUCCACUUUUAGUUUCUCUGUUCACUGAUUGUACUCCAGAAGCAACUAAAGAAAUGGUAUUGAUAAUGCAACAAUAUGGAGAAGUUGUUUGUGUGUUAGGAUCAUCACCUAAUGCUGAAAAUAUUGGUAUAUUUAUGCAAGCUGAUGCAAGGUAAUUACUACAAAAAUGAUCCUAAUUCCAUUUAUUCAUAAUUUUUUUUGACUUCGCACAUAAUUAUCUAAUUAUGCACCUUUCUUAAAAUCUUAUCAUGUUUAAUUGUUUGUGCUUGAUACAUUUUUCUUUUAGUAUUUUAAUUUGAAUUUUUUCGGCGGCAUUGUCCAUCAUAUUUUUAAUGCUAUUAUUUUCCACAGCACAUACUUGCGUUGUAAUAUAUAUUAUGUACAGAUUGCAUAUAUAUAACUUAAAGAAUAUUUUAAAAAUAUCCAAAUUUCAGGAACACUUUAUUAUAAAUAACCUGUUCUUAUUUUCAUUAGUUGAUAGAUAGACUACCUUCCCUGCUAAGACACAACAUGAACCUAUAGGUGUUGUUAUAAAAUUUUGUCUCAAGACCAUAAAUAGCUGAAUUGGAGCAUUUUGUUUUUAAGUUAAAAUAAGACAUCAUUACAAAAAGAAUAGUUUUUUUAACAAAAACUUAAUAGGAAAAAAAUGUAAAUAUCUAAUUCAUAUAUUAAUCUUAAAUUAUGUGACUAUAUUUAAACAGUUGAUGAAUACUUUUUAUUAUACCGCACAAUUAUUUUUUAUUGUUAAUAUACUAACUAUAGCCUUGCUAUUGAACCAAUCUACCCUCAAGUAUGUCAACGAAUUAGCAUCAUGCAUCAACCGAAUCCAAUAGAUGCUCCAAUAUCUCCAGUGGGUCUUUCUGAAUUAUUGAACUCUCUUCCUUGUUGUCUAUCACUUAAUCGCCAAGAUCCAUUACCAGUAUAUCAUCUCAUUAUGGAAGUAAAUAAUUAAAUUACAGUUUCAUAAUAAGUUCAAUAUCUUAAUAUUCUUUUCUUUCACAGGGAAGAUAUUUAAUGCAAGGAAUAUGGAACUGUGUUCAAUUUUGGACUAGUUGCAUGGUUUCGCUUAGUUUUCUUCAACUACUUGCAAUUGCUCUUGUAUUACCUCCUAUUUUAUCAGUCGGUUUGUAAUUUAGCUACUUUUAAUUUUAUAAUUUAUCACCUCAGUUGGACAUAUGUUAGUAUGGGUUUAGUGAAUCCAGAGCCUUGAUCCAACUGGUAAAAACCCUAGGUGGAUGAUUCCAACAGAAAUAUAGUAUUGUUUCUGUAAAGAGGAGGAAUUCACUUUAUAGUUAACAGUACCAUUUUCCCUGUGGGUGAGGAUCAAAAUACUCCCACAGUACCAUUACCUGUUGUAAGAGGCUAAAUAUAUGGUUAUGUCUAGUCGACAACCUGUGUAAAAAUUUGUCAAAUAAAAUAAAAAGUUCUGUACAAGAGUUGGGUGGAUUAUCACAGAUGUGUGCGAAAACAACAGGUGAGAGGACUUAACAUGGUGCAUGAUGGUUUUAAAUGAUAUAGCUUUAAUAGGAGAAAAUCUAUAAUAAUUUAACAGAGGAAUGCUUUAAGAAUAGAAAGUACCACUUGCAGGAAAGGUACUAAGGAGAAAUAUAACUAGAACAGAGUAUGAGUUUAAAGGAACAAAACAAGACAGCUAAUGAAAAUAAGUGGUUAUAGGCAUGGUUGAGUGUUUUAAAUACCCUAAGAUCUUUUAGGAACAGAGAUAAGGAAUGAAUACAUAAAAAGUAUCAUAGGUUAAAUAGUUGUUUCAAUAGUAGAUAAAAUGAGAGAAAUUAGACUGAUAUGGUUUGGGUAUGUAAUGGGAAGAAAGGAAUUUAAAGCAGAAAGGAUUGUAAUGAAAAUAAACGUAGGAAGUUAAAGGUGGAAAGAAAGAUUCAAAAAGAGGUGGUUGGAUGCAAUUAAGAAUAAUAUGAGAAUAGCCAGUGUAUGUGAGGUGGGAAAUCUGGUCAAAUGGAAGUUUAGAAUGAGGGUGGCUGACCCCAAAUAGUUGGGAUGAAGGCGAAUAAGAAAAUAAUUUUAUAAUUUAUAAAAUCUAUCUCAAUUUUUGCCUUAUUUAAAAUAAUCCUUUUUUAAUGUCAUUUUAGUAGAUAGCUAAUACACUUUUUCUUUAGUAAUCUCAUCUCAAAAUACUCAUUGUAAUUUUAAUAACUAUGUAGUAUGUUUAAGUUAAAUGUCAUUUAUAUAAAUAAAUUGUUUAACUCAAAUUUAAUAAAUUUAUACUUUUAAUAAUAUCAAAUUAAUUAAAUUAAAAAACAUUCUAGGUUAUUUAUUCAAUUUUGAUUUUAAAUUUAUUUGAAAUAAUUCAAAAUGAGUAUUUAACUUUAGGUCAAGUGUUAUGGCUUGCAUGCUUUAUUGUGCCACUUCUGUCAGUAUCUUUAGUAGGAGGUCCAACAGAUGCUGGGGUAAUGCAAAAACCCACUGGUAAAAAUCAAUGCUCAAUUACAUCUGAAGUAGGUUUCAUUUUAUAUUAUUUUUGAAUAUAAUUUGUAAACAAAUAUUUUUGUUAUAGUUGUCCUAUUACGUGAUGUGGUUUUAUGGUUUGAAAUUUUUUCCUGUUGUAAUUAGUAUGAUAUUGCUCUUUAUUUGGUCACUAAGUCAAACAUGUGAUUUGAUUUUAAACACAUCUGCUACUAAUAACUCAACCGCUAAAGUUAAAGAAUGUUGGUAUGUAUAUCCAGAUCCUAAACAUACUGAAUGGGGAGGUUGGUCGAAAUUUGAGCCCACUAUGGUCAGUGUACAAAGACUGAUGUUACUAUUUCUUGUAAUGCAUUAUGGUAAUAAGAAAUUCUAAUUAAAAAAAAAAAUAUUUUAAUUAUUUUAAUUUUAUUAGUUAUAGUAUCUUUAAGUUUUGUUCAUCGAGAUUAUUUACUUUGGAAACGAGCUAUAUAUCUAAAUAAACCUUAUGUUUUUAUUGCAAUAUUCAUGUAAGUAAAUAUAAUAACCUAAUAACUUUACAAAUAUGUUAAUUAAUGUUUUAAAAGUAUUUUAGUUCAAUUGGUAUAUACUAUCCAUUAUGAAUAUUUUAACAAUAUUGAAGAUCAUAUUAGUAUUUCCAAUCUAUCAAUAUUGACUCUGAUUAUUGGGCUUGUAUCUAUGUUUUUGGUUUUUAUUAUAAAUGAGAUUGUUCAUUGGCAAGAAAUAAGGUAUAUUCAUAUAAUUACUUGUAAUUGAUGUCAAUAAAAUAAAAAUAUAAUACAGUUUAUUUUAUUGUAGGGCAAAUGUACGUUAUCAAAAAAGAGCAAGAUUAGACUUUGGAACUAAACUUGGUAUGAACUCUCCCUUUUAAAAUAAACAAAUAUCAUUUAAAUUUUUUUUGGCUUGUUAGUUUACAUACAAAGAUUAUGUACAUGAUAAUUGCAUUGUUAUCAAUUGCAUUAAACUAAAAGUUGUAGUGUUCAAAUUUUAUAAUUUUUGUAUAUUUAGAGUAUUUUUAUGUAAAUUAUAUUAUUUUUACUAAUUGAAUAAUUGUGCUUAAUGAAAUGUUUAAUAAAAUUAUUAAAAUAAUUUCUGUUAUUUACAUAAAUGUAUACAAUUUUUUUUUAUCAAUUUAAUAGAUGUAUAUACAGGGAAUAGGAAAAUUUAACAAAUGUAAUAACUUUUUUCUAUUUAAUAUAUUUUAAUACUUAAGAAUUCAAAAUAAAAUAAUAAAAGCUGAUACUGGAAAUGGGAGUGGCCACUGUUAUAGGUGAGAAGUUGGGAAGGUAGGAUAUAUAAGGUUAUUACAUUUAUAUCUAUAAGGAAUGAUAAACCAUUGCUUGAUGAAAGACGAUUCCAAGCACAGUUCUGUAAUAUAUAAUUUGAAGCGCCAUAAUUUUUUUAAUUUAUGUCAUUAGUUUAACAAUUAAAAAAUGUAAAAAUAUUACACUGUUGUGAGUAAAGAAUUAUUUUAAAUAAAGUACCAUGUGACAGAGAUUUGUAUCUUUUUAAACUAGUAUUUAAUUUUAUAAAAAAAUAUAAUAUUAAUAGAUUUAUUAUUGUAAUGUAUAUUUUAAUUAAUUUUUAAAAUACUAAAAAAGUUAUAUAAUGAUGACAUUUUUAUUGAUUUUAUUAAUUGUAUAAUUUAAUAAUACAAUUUAAAUAAUAUUUUUACUUAACUACAAUCAACAAUGAGAUAUAAAUUUUGAAUGUUAUUCGUCACUAUCUAACAUGGAAUCAAGCCAAUGAGCUGAAUCAUUUGUUGUUUCUAAUUCUGAAUCAAUUUUAAUGGUUGACAUUUGAUUUUCAACUAUUUUAGAAUCAGUUUUUCUAGAGCCUAUAAAAUAUAUAUAUAUAUAUAUAUAUAAUAGAUACAUUAAAUUACAAGAAAACAAGCUUUUGAACUUAAAUUUUAAGUUAAUUUAAAGUUAAGUUAACUUAACUUCAAGUAUAAUUAUAUUUAAAUUAUUACUGUGUAAGUGUAUAUAUACCUAUACUAUUAACUUCAUUUGUUUCAUCUUGUAAUAUAUUAAUCAAUGGUUUCAUAUUUCCCAAUAUUGCAUCCAGUUGACCAUCAGAAGUAAUAUUACUUUCUUCUA